UCCCUCCAGGGACUGAGAGGGAGGCGAGGGGUAGGGGCAGGGUUGGAGGCCCCGCUCCCCCAGGUUGCCUAGACAACAGGAGAAAUCGUGGCCAGGGCCUCUUCCGCCUGCGGGGCUCGCUGCUUCCUGCAGCAGUCACUGCCGCUGGGGGCGGGGCGGAGGAAGGGGUUGGAUGUGGCAGAGCCGGGCCCCUGCCGGUGCCGUUCGGUCUCCCCCGCUGUCUCCGCCAUGGCAUCCUAUGCAUCUGGCCCGGGCAAGUCCAAGGCCAAAUAUCCCUUUAAGAAGCGGGCCAGCCUGCAGGCCGCCACUGCAGUGCCAGGAGCUGUUCAGUCGCUCGCUGGCCGAGAGUGAGCUCCGCAGCGCCCCCUAUGAGUUCCCCGAGGACAGCCCCAUCGAGCAGCUGGAGGAGCGGCGCCAGCGCCUGGAGCGACAGAUCAGCCAGGAUGUCAAGCUGGAGCCCGACAUCCUGCUUCGGGCCAAGCAAGAUUUCCUGAAGACAGACAGCGACUCAGACCUACAGCUUUACAAGGAGCAGGGCGAGGGCCAGGGUGACCGGGGCCUGCGGGAGCGUGAUGUGCUGGAGCGGGAGUUUCAGCGGGUCACCAUCUCUGGGGAGGAGAAAUGUGGGGUGCCGUUCACAGACCUGCUGGAUGCAGCCAAGAGCGUGGUGCGGGCCCUCUUCAUCCGGGAGAAGUACAUGGCCCUGUCGCUGCAAAGCUUCUGUCCCACUACCCGCCGCUACCUGCAGCAGCUGGCCGAGAAGCCUCUGGAGACACGGACCUACGAGCAGGGCCCCGACACCCCCUUGUCUGCUGAUGCCCCAGUGCACCCCCCAGCGCUGGAGCAGCACCCCUAUGAGCACUGUGAGCCGAGCACCAUGCCUGGGGACCUAGGCUUGGGUCUGCGCAUGGUGCAGGGUGUGGUGCACGUCUUUGUCCGCAGGGACCCGGACGAGGGGUGCUCAGAGGUGGACCUACCCUACCCCGACCUGCAGGAGUUUGUGGCUGACGUCAAUGUGCUGAUGGCCCUGAUUAUCAACGGCCCCAUAAAGUCGUUCUGCUACCGGCGGCUGCAGUACCUGAGCUCCAAGUUCCAGAUGCACGUGCUGCUGAACGAGAUGAAGGAGCUGGCCGCCCAGAAGAAGGUGCCGCACCGGGACUUCUACAACAUCCGCAAGGUGGACACACACAUCCACGCCUCGUCCUGCAUGAACCAGAAGCACUUGCUGCGCUUCAUUAAGCGGGCCAUGAAGCGGCACCUGGACGAGAUCGUGCACGUGGAGGAGGGCCGGGAGCAGACGCUGCGGGAGGUCUUCGAGAGCAUGAACCUCACGGCCUACGACCUGAGCGUGGACACGCUCGACGUGCACGCGGACAGGAACACCUUCCAUCGCUUUGAUAAGUUCAAUGCCAAAUACAACCCCAUUGGGGAGUCUGUCCUCCGAGAAAUCUUCAUCAAGACCGAUAACAGAGUUUCUGGGAAAUACUUUGCUCACAUCAUCAAGGAGGUGAUGUCGGACCUGGAGGAGAGCAAAUAUCAGAACGCGGAGCUGCGGCUUUCCAUCUACGGGCGCUCGCGGGAUGAAUGGGACAAGCUGGCACGCUGGGCCGUCACGCACCGCGUGCACUCUCCCAACGUGCGCUGGCUCGUGCAGGUGCCCCGCCUCUUUGAUGUGUACCGCACCAAGGGCCAGCUGGCCAACUUCCAGGAGAUGCUGGAGAACAUCUUCCUACCACUGUUCGAGGCCACCGUGCACCCUGCCAGCCACCCAGAGCUGCACCUCUUCCUGGAGCACGUGGAUGGUUUUGACAGUGUGGACGAUGAGUCCAAGCCCGAGAACCACGUCUUCAACCUGGAGAGCCCGCUGCCUGAGGCAUGGUUGGAGGAGGACAACCCGCCCUAUGCCUACUACCUGUACUAUACCUUCGCCAACAUGGCCACGCUGAACCACCUGCGCAGGGAGAGGGGCUUCCACACGUUUGUGCUGAGGCCACACUGCGGGGAGGCCGGGCCCAUCCACCACCUGGUGUCAGCCUUUAUGCUGGCUGAGAACAUCUCCCAUGGGCUGCUUCUGCGCAAGGCCCCAGUCCUGCAGUAUCUGUAUUACCUGGCCCAGAUCGGCAUCGCCAUGUCUCCGCUCAGCAACAACAGCCUCUUCCUCAGCUACCACCGGAACCCGCUGCCCGAGUACCUGUCCCGCGGGCUCAUGGUCUCCCUGUCCACUGACGAUCCCCUGCAGUUCCACUUCACCAAGGAGCCGCUGAUGGAGGAGUACAGCAUCGCCACCCAGGUGUGGAAGCUCAGCUCCUGUGACAUGUGCGAGCUGGCCCGCAACAGUGUGCUCAUGAGUGGCUUCUCCCACAAGGUCAAGAGCCACUGGCUGGGACCCAACUACACCAAGGAGGGCCCCGAGGGGAACGACAUCCGCCGUACCAACGUGCCCGACAUCCGCGUGGGCUACCGCUAUGAGACCCUUUGCCAGGAGCUGGCGCUUAUCACGCAGGCCGUCCAGAGUGAGAUGCUGGAGACCAUCCCGGAGGAGGUGACUGUCGCCACAAGCCCAGGGCCUUAGUGGGCCCGGCCCGCCCCGCCACAUCUCAGCACCGUGACUGCGUUUUGUCCUCAGACCCCUCCUGCCCUGUUGUGGUCUCUGCAUGUUUCCCUUCUUCCUUGUCUCUGUCUUGCAUGUCUCUGACCAUGUCACUGUCCCUGGGUGGCCCAUGAAAGCAGUGCCCAGGAAUCUGCCUCACCGUUGUCUUGGCCAGGUGCCACCUGAUGGCUGAGGCUUUGAGGGCUAACUCUGCCGGUGGCCCUGUCCUGGGGUCCCCAGAAACCUGGCUGUACCAGGGGGCUUCUCUGGUGUCCACAGGGGCUUGGGAUGGUGGUGGAGGGCUGGCCCCUCUAGCCUUUGGGGUGCUGCCUGGGCACGUUGACGCUUUGGCCGGGGUGGAGCUUGGGUCCCUGUCUUGUUUAUGUGGCCAGUGGGAAAGCCAGGUAGGGCCUGUGGGCACGGGAUUGCCAAAUGUCUUCGGCCCCAGGAGCUCUGUGCUGGAUGAGACUGGGCCGAGAGCUUGGCUACAUCCCUGGGCUGCCUAGCCUGAGGGGCAGACUCUGGCCUUGGGGUGCUGGACCACCGUCUUUGCCGAGUCACUGGCUAGCAGCCCACGUGCUCCUUUGGUGUUGGCGUUCUGUGCCUCUGUGGGGGAGGACAGCGCCCCAUGCCAUGUCUGGGGCCCCUGCUGCGGCUGCUGGAUCCCGGAUCUGCCACCAUCCCUGGGAGGGGUAUCCUAGGGUGGCCCCCAGAGCUGUGACUGGAUCUGGGUCCUAGCUGGCCCCCGUGUUGUGUUCUGGACCGAGGCCUUUGCUGUGAAAUGCAAUUAUUUCAUACGACCCACCUUUCCUAGUGCAUGAGAAAUAAAGAUUAUUUAAGUAAUGAG